ACCCCAGAGCCAGGAGGAGAACCCUGACCUCUAACCCCACUGCCUCCAACCAAUAGGAGUCCUGCCACCAUGGCGGAGCUGCAGGAGGUACAGAUCACAGAGGAGAAGCCCCUGUUGCCAGGACAGACACCUGAGGUCGCCAAGACUCACUCAGUGGAAACACCUUAUGGCUCUGUCAAUUUUACUGUCUAUGGCACCCCCAAACCCAAACGCCCAGCGAUAUUCACCUACCACGAUGUGGGACUCAACUAUAAGAGCUGCUUCCAGUCGCUGUUUCAGUUUGGGGAUAUGCAGGAAAUCAUUCAGAACUUCGUGCGGGUUCAUGUGGAUGCCCCUGGAAUGCAAGAAGGGGCUCCAGUGUUCCCCUUGGGAUAUCAGUACCCAUCUCUGGACCAGCUUGCGGACAUGAUCCCAUGCAUCCUGCAGUACUUAAAUUUCUCUACCAUAAUUGGAGUUGGUGUUGGAGCUGGAGCCUACAUCCUGUCACGAUAUGCUCUUACCCACCCAGACACAGUUGAAGGCCUUGUCCUCAUCAACAUCGAUCCCAAUGCCAAGGGUUGGAUGGAUUGGGCCGCCCACAAGCUAACUGGCUUCACCUCUUCCAUUCCGGAGAUGAUCCUUGGACAUCUUUUCAGCCAGGAAGAGCUGUCUGGAAAUUCUGAGCUGGUACAAAAGUAUAGAAAUAUUGUUACCCAUGCACCCAACCUGGAGAACAUUGAGCUGUACUGGAAUAGCUACAACAAUCGCCGAGAUCUGAACUUUGAGCGCGGAGGUGAUAUCACACUCAAGUGCCCUGUGAUGCUGGUGGUAGGAGACCAAGCACCUCACGAAGAUGCAGUGGUGGAAUGUAACUCAAAACUGGAUCCCACCCAGACCUCUUUCCUCAAGAUGGCUGACUCCGGAGGUCAGCCCCAGUUGACUCAGCCAGGCAAGUUGACCGAAGCCUUCAAGUACUUCCUGCAAGGCAUGGGCUACAUGGCCUCUUCCUGCAUGACUCGCCUGUCCCGGUCUCGUACCGCCUCCCUGACCAGCGCAGCAUCCAUUGAUCUCAACCGCUCCCGUUCUCGUACUCUGUCCCAGAGCAGCGAGUCUGGGACUCUCCCUUCAGGGCCUCCGGGGCACACCAUGGAGGUCUCCUGUUGAAUGUGCUACCCAGCCCUCACCUCCUUUAGAACUAACCUGGGAGGUGCAUAAGGGCACUGGGCCAGAGUGAGCAAGGGAAGAUGGG